AUGGUGGGCUUGACGGGUUCAUCUAUAGAUCCUACAAAUGUAAUUAGCGGUGUAAGUGACAAAGUUGAGGGCGUUACCAAUUCAGCUGAUAAAGCUGAUAAAACUGAUAACAGCAAUAAAGACAAUAGUAGCAAUAACAGUGAUAAUAGCAAUGAGACCAAUAAAGCUGGUAGUAGCAAACCUGUUAGUAGCAGUAAAGCUGAUAAUGGUAACAAUGAUGAGGGCGUUACCAAUUCAGUUGACAAAGCUGGCAAAACUGAUAACAGCAAUAAAGACGAUAGUAGCAAUAAAAGUGAUAAAAGUGAUAACAGUGAUAAUAGCAAUGAGGCCAAUGAAGCUGGUAGUAGCAGUAAAGCUGAUAAUGGUAACAAUGAUGAUAAUGGUAACAAACCUAAUAUUGGUAAUAAAGUUGUCGCUAAUACAGUUAAAGACAUUGCUCAAGCAUCUGAUGCUCCUAGUACAGAAAAUACACCUAAUACGACCAAAGAUGUUACCAAUAAAGUUAUCAAUUCAGGCAAUCCAGUCAACAGCAUUACCGAUGAUGUUACCAAUGUUGCUAAAGCACCUGAAGACGUAAUUGAAACAGCUGAUAAUACGGCCAAAAAUGUUACUAAUAAUACGACCAAAGAUCCUAAAGGUGUAGUCGAUAACGCAGCUAAUACAGUUAAUAAUACGGCCAAAGCUGUUACUAAAGCACCUAGUAAAAUAAUUAAAACAGCUGAUAAUACGGCCAAAAAUGUUACUAAUAAUACGACCAAAGAUCCUAAAGGUGUAGUCGAUAACGCAGCUAAUACAGUUAAUAAUACGGCCAAAGCUGUUACUAAAGCACCUAGUAAAAUAGUUAAAACAGCUGAUAAUACGGCCAAAAAUGUUACUAAAGCACCUGUAGACGUAGCUAAUACAGUUGAUAAAACGGUCAAAAAUGGUACCAAUAAAGUUAACAAUCCAGAUAAUCCAGUCAACAGCAUUAUCAAUAAUGCUACCGAUACUGUUACCAAUCCAGUCAACAACGUUGUCAAUAAUGUUGCUAAAGUACCUAAAGACGCAGUUAAUACAGUUAAUAAAACGGCCAAAAAUGUUGCCAAUAAAGCUACCAAUCCGGAUAAUCCGGUCAACAGCAUUAUCAAUAAUGCUACCGAUACUGUUACCAAUCCAGUCAACAACGUUGUCAAUAAUGUUGCUAAAGUACCUGAAGACGUAGUUAAUACAGUUAAUAAAACGGCCAAAAAUGUUGCCAAUAAAGCUACCAAUCCGGAUAAUCCAGUCAACAGCAUUAUCAAUAAUGUUACCGAUACUGUUACCAAUCCAGUCAACAACGUUGUCAAUAAUGUUGCUAAAGUACCUGAUGACGUAGUUAAUACAGUUGAUAAUACGACCAAAAAUGUUGCCAAUAAAGUUACCAAUCCAGAUAAUCCAGUCACCAGCAUUAUCAAUAAUGUUACCGAUACUGUUACCAAUCCAGUCAACAACGUUGUCAAUAAUGUUGCUAAAGUACCUGAUGACGUAGUUAAUACAGUUGAUAAUACGACCAAAAAUGUUGCCAAUAAAGUUACCGAUCCAGAUAAUCCAGUCACCAGCAUUAUCAAUAAGACUGUUACCGAUCCAGAUAAUCCAGUCACCAGCAUUAUAAAUAAGACUGUUACCGAUCCAGAUAAUCCAGUCACCAGCAUUAUAAAUAAGACUGUUACCGAUCCAGAUAAUCCAGUCACCAGCAUUAUAAAUAAGACUGUUACCGAUCCAGUCACCGGCAAUAUCAAUAAAACUGUUACCAAUCCAGAUAGUCCAGUCACUAGCAUUAUCAAUAAUGUUACCAAUCCAGAUAAUCCAGUCACUAACAUUACCAAUCCAGAUAGUCCAGCCAAUAACACUACUAACAACAACCCACCAUCAUCUACAAACCCACCAUCACCUAGCAACCCACAGUCAUCUAACAACCCAUCCCCACCACCGUCUGAAAAUUCAGCAAUACCUAAUGACAAUUUAUCACAACCUAAUAAUACCUCACCAUCUAAUAAUAAUACACUAAAUGAUGCACCACAACAAAGUAAUUCGCUAUCAAAUCUACCUACGGGAGUUGAUUCAUUGCCCACACCCUCAUCAAAACCCGUAAUUAGUGAUAAUGAUAAUGAUAAUACACUCUCUAACGGUUUAACGUCAAAUGGUGAACUACCAAUUUCCACUUUACAACCUAAUUCACCUUCACAACCACCUCCUGAUGGAACCAUUGGUGGUAUAACAUUGCCACCUCAUUCAGCAGCGAUAAUUGGAACAAUUCUUGCAGUUAUAGUUGCGGCACUUGUAAUAAUUUUUAUAAUAAAGAAAACUACAUUUGGUAGAAUGAAAGUUGAUGUCCUUGAGAAAAAUCAAUUAAAUACAAAUAAUAGUAUACCAAAUAAUGAAGAUAAUUUAAAUAAUGCAUUUAAAAACAUUGGAGAUAAUGUAACUAAUGCAUUUGAAGGCAUAGAAGUUAGAGAUCCUGAUCCUGAAGAUGACAUUGAAUCACAAAGUUCGAGUGCAGAAAGUUGGGCUGCAAGGAUGACUAGAAUGAUACAUAAUAAAUUAUAG